AUGAGUCCUCUGAGCAGGAAGACAGAGGAUUCUCCCAGCCCUGCAGUGCUGGGGCUCGGGGCUGCUCUGACUGGUGCUGUGUCAGUGUCUGAAGGUGCUGUGGAGCUGAGGCUGGUGGAUGGUGAACAUCGCUGUGCAGGGAGAGUGGAAGUGAGAGGAGAGCACGAGUGGGGCACCGUGUGUGAUGACUCCUGGGACAUGGCCGAUGCAGAGGUGGUUUGCAAGCAGCUGGACUGUGGACCUGCCCUUGGAGCUCCCCAGCGUGGCUAUUUUGGGCCAGGAUCUGGCCCUGUCUGGAUGGAUGAUGUGCUCUGCAAGGGCACUGAGUCUGCCCUGUCUGACUGCAAAUAUGGAGGAUGGGGCAAACAUAACUGCGAUGAGGGUGAGGAGGCCGGAGUAAUUUGUUCAGGUAAGGGGUCAGCCUGAGGUGCUGUGGAGCUGAGGCUGGUGGAUGGUGAACAUCGCUGUGCUGGGAGAGUGGAAGUGAGAGGAGAGCACGAGUGGGGCACCGUGUGUGAUGACUCCUGGGACAUGGCCGAUGCAGAGGUGGUUUGUAAGCAGCUGGACUGUGGACCUGCCCUUGGAGCUCCCCAGGAUGGCUCCUUUGGGCCAGGAUCUGGCUUCAUCUGGAUGGAUGGCGUGCACUGUAACGGCACCGAGUCUGCCCUGUCUGACUGCAAAUACGAAGGCUGGGGAAAACAUGAUUGCGAUCAGGAUGACGAGGCCGGAGUGAUUUGUUCAGGUAAGGGGCCGGACAUGGCUCUGAGGCUGGUGGAUGGUGAACAUCGCUGUGCUGGGAGAGUGGAAGUGAGACGAGAGCACGAGUGGGGCACCGUGUGUGAUGACUUAUGGGACAUGGCCGAUGCAGAGGUGGUUUGUAAGCAGCUGGACUGUGGACCUGCCCUUGGAGCUCCCCAGCGUGGCUAUUUUGGGCCAGGAUCUGGCCCUGUCUGGAUGGAUGAUGUGCUCUGCAAGGGCACUGAGUCUGCCCUGUCUGACUGUAAACAUGGAGGAUGGGGCAAACAUGACUGCAAUCACAAUGAGGAUGCUGGCGUUAUUUGUUUGGGUGCUGUGGAGCUGAGGCUGGUGGAUGGUGAACAUCGCUGUGCUGGGAGAGUGGAAGUGAGAGGAGAGCACGAGUGGGGCACCGUGUGUGAUGACUCCUGGGACAUGGCCGAUGCAGAGGUGGUUUGUAAGCAGCUGGACUGCAGACCUGCCCUUGGAGCUCCCCAGGAUGGCUAUUUUGGGCCAGGAUCUGGCUUCAUCUGGAUGGAUGACGUGCACUGUAACGGCACCGAGUCUGCCCUGUCUGACUGCAAAUACGAAGGCUGGGGAAAACAUGAUUGCGAUCAGGAUGACGAGGCCGGAGUGAUUUGUUCAGGAUUUGUGCGUCUGGUGGGAGGGCAGAGCCGCUGCUCAGGACGUGUGCAGGUCCAUGCCGAGGGACAGUGGAAAGGCGUCUGCGGCUCCCACUUUGGUGCCCAAGCUGCCGCUGUGGCCUGCAGGGAGCUGCGCUGCGGCGGGGCCCUGUCUGUGUCUGGCACAGCUGCCUCUGGAGCGGGGCUGGGUGCCAGCUGGGACAGAGAGCUGCGCUGCGUGGGGAAUGAAUCCCAGCUCAUCUCCUGCCCCACGGGGCCCUCGGGGGAGCGGCCCUGCAGCCAGCAGGACAGCGCUGUCCUCACCUGCACACAGUACACAGGGUUCAGGCUGGCCAACGGCAGCACAGCGUGUGAGGGGAGGGUGGAGGUUCAGCUGCUGGAGACCUGGGGCACCCUCCGUGCCUCUCGCUGGGAUCUGGCCGAUGCCCACGUUCUCUGUCGGCAACUGGGCUGCGGCUUUGCCGAGUCCAUUCCUGGAGGAGAGCGUUUCGGCCCGGCGCCCGGCCCUGUCUGGAGAGACUCCUUCCACUGCGACGGGACUGAAGCCCGGCUGAGCCAGUGCCCAGUGACCGCGCUGGGGGCCUCCCCGUGCUCCCGCGGGAACAACGCCGCGCUCAUCUGCUCAGGCCCCGUCGGCUCCGGGUCCCUGCGGCUGGUGGGAGGAGGGAGCCGGUGCGCCGGGCGAGUGGAGAUCUUCCAGCACGGGACGUGGGGCAGAGUCCUGUCUGAGCAGUGGGCCGUGGCGGAGGCCCGUGUGGUGUGUCGGCAGCUGCGGUGCGGAGAGGCAGAGACGGCCUACAACCCGCCCAAGGCCGAGCGAGGGACGGGCCCCGUGGGGCUGCGAGGGGGUGAGUGUCCCCACGGGCCCCCCGGGGCACAGGGUGGGUGGGCAGCCGGCACCCACUGCCAUCUGGGCUCCGUCCCCACCGCAGGGAGCCGGCGCGUGUGGCUGGCGAAUGGGCCCGGGCGCUGCGCCGGGAGAGUGGAGAUCUACUCCCAGGGCAGCUGGGGCAGCGUCUGCGACGACGGCUGGGACCUGCCCGAUGCCGCCGUCGUGUGCCGGCAGCUGGGCUGCGGAGGGGCCGUGCGGGCGCCGGGCUCUGCCGCCUUUGGGGAGGGCUCCGGGCACAUCUGGCUGGACGGCGUUAACUGCUCCGGGGCCGAAGCCGCUCUCUGGGACUGCCCGGCCGGGCCCUGGGGGCGGCACGACUGCGGGCACAAAGAGGACGCCGGAGCCGUCUGCUCGGAGUUCACGGCCCUGAGGCUGGAGAACAGCGACGGCUGCUCCGGCCGCCUGCAGGUUUUCUACAACGGGACGUGGGGCAGCGUUUGCUCCAACUCGCUGACUCUCGAGACGGUGUCGCUUGUGUGCAAGGAGCUGGGCUGCGGGGACACAGGGACCCUGGAAUCGCUCCUGCCCCAUGGCAGGGUGUCUGGCCCCGCCUGGCUGGACAACAUCCAGUGUGGGGAGAGAACCAGCUCUUUCUGGCAGUGUCCCUCUGCUCCCUGGAACGCGCAGUCCUGUGUCGAUCUGCGGGAGGAGAUCCACAUCACCUGCAACGACAGGGAGAGGAUCCGCGCCGUGGGAGGAGAGGACGGCUGCUCAGGUCGGGUGGAGCUGUGGCACCGCGGCUCCUGGGGGACGGUGUGCGACGACACGUGGGACAUGCGGGAUGCCGAGGUGGCCUGCAGGCAGCUGGGCUGUGGGCCCGCCGUGGCCGCCCUGCCCGAGGCUGCCUUUGGGGAGGGCACGGGCCCCAUCUGGCUGGAGCAGGUGGAGUGUCGGGGCACAGAGGCGGCUCUGCAGCACUGCUGGGCCUGGCCUGGGGACCGCGGGCUCUGCCGGCACAAGGAGGACGCGGCCGUGCGCUGCGCGGGUCCCACACGAGGCCGUGUGAGCAGCGGUGGGAGAGCCUCGGUGCCCGUCAUCGUCUGCAUCGUCCUGGGGGCCCUUCUCUGCCUGCUCCUGGCCCUCCUGGCCGGGCAAGCGCUGGGGCGUAGAGGCUCCAGGAGAGCUCAGCAGCCCUUCCCCGAGGCCGUGUACGAGGAGAUCGGUUACAGCCUGGCGUGGAAGGAGCAGGAGAGGUUUGGGCACUCAGGCUCCUCCUCAGAGGGGUCCCUGCCCCGGCUGCAGCCCUCCCCUGCGGCCAGCGAGGAGGAGGAUGCUGUGGGAGCAGCUCCAGACAGCCCUGUCCUGCCCGCAGGCAGCCCAGCGGAUGGCUACGAUGAUGCCAGGGAGGUUUCUGAGCCUGGGGAAGCUGAGGCUCCUGGAGCUGGAGGAGAGCCCUCGUCCCUGUCCCGGGGGAGCUGUGGCUACGACGAUGCCCAAGAGGUGUCUGUGGCACGUCCCUGUGAGGACACCGAGGCCGUGACACCGCAGGUCCGGCCACAACAGCCCCCGACGGCCCGGCCGGGAGAGUCCAGCACUGCCGCGAGGCUGCAGCAGCCGGGAGAGCCCUGA